ACACAGCACUAUUACUAGUCCAAGUGGGGACCCACCUUAUUUCCUUAAUUACAUAUUAGUUAAAUAAAACAUUUUGUCGACAUUCUGUAAAUUCCAAGAGACUGACUUCAACUCAGAGACUGUGAAGACCAAACGCAGAAGCACCAGAAGAAGUGCUUCGAAGAAGAACAAUAAGCAAAAACAAGAAAAGCUCACAUAGUCAUGAAGACAGGAAGCUUAGGACCCAACCUCAAGCUCACUCUCCCUCCUCCUGAUGAAGUUUUCAUCUCGAAGUUCUUGACUCAAAGCGGCACGUUUAAGGAUGGCGAUCUCCUGGUUAAUAAACAAGGGGUUCGGAUCGUUUCUCAUAGAGAAGUUGAAUUUCCGCCACCUAUUCAAGCAUCAGACAACCAGAUGAUUUUAGCCGACCUCGAUGCGAUUAAAGUUAUUGGCAAGGGAAAUGGUGGGGUUGUGCAAUUGGUUCAGCACAAAUGGACUCACCAGUUUUUUGCAUUAAAGGUAAUUCAGAUGAACAUUGAAGAGUCUAUCCGCAAGCAGAUUGUACAGGAAUUGAAAAUUAAUCAAUCAUCACAAUGUCCAAACAUUGUUGUAUGUUACCAGUCCUUCUACGAUAAUGGUACCAUUUCAAUCAUCCUAGAGUACAUGGAUGGUGGGUCUUUGGCAAAUCUUCUGAAGAAGGUCAAAACGAUUCCAGAGUUUUAUCUUGCUGCCAUUUGUAAGCAGGUGCUGCAGGGUUUGUGCUAUCUUCAUCAUGAAAAGCACAUCAUCCAUCGGGACUUCAAACCUUCCAAUUUGUUAAUCAAUCAUAGAGGAGAAGUUAAGAUAACGGACUUUGGUGUGAGUGCAAUAAAGGCAAGCACGUCCGAACAGGCAAAUACUUUCAUUGGCACAUACAACUAUAUGUCGCCAGAGAGAAUCGCUUGUCGCAGUUAUAGCUACAAAAGUGACAUUUGGAGCCUGGGGUUAGUACUGCUCGAGUGUGCAACAGGUCAAUUCCCAUAUGUACCACCUGAUCAAAGUGAAGCAUGGUUUAACUUUUUUGAGCUUAUGAGUGCCAUCGUUGACGGACCAGCACCUUGUGCCCCUUCCGAUCAAUUUUCUCUGGAGUUCUGCUCAUUUAUUUCUGCAUGUGUACAGAAAGAUCCGAAGGAUAGACCGUCAGCUCAAGAUCUCCUGAGACAUCCUUUCAUCAGCAUGUACGAUGACUUGCAUAUUGACCUUUCCUCUUACUUCGCUGAAGCAGGAUCUCCCCUUGCAACAUUUUAAAACUAGCUGUGUAAUUUGGUCUCGUGGAUGAAGACAGUUGCGGAAAUGAAGAAUCACUGCUAUGGCAUGUCCUCGAUAGUAUUUUUUGGUUCUACAGAAUUUCUUUUUGUAUGGUGGAUGAAAAUUAAGCUUCUUUUCUUUGUUAUGCCGUUUUCUGUUCAAAUAUUUAUACUGUACUCAUUUUUUUCUUGAAACUCCUUUACGUGAGAUGUUUGAAGUUUCGUCUUGCUUACCAAGAUUGAAUUAGAACUGUAAUCUAAUGUAUGCCUAGAGACCUUGUUCAACAAAAGAUUGGAUCGUAGAA